GGUUGCGGUAAGUAGCGAAUUGGGCGGCCAAUUGAAAAAGUUCGACUAGAGGUAUAAGGUUGAUUGAACCGUGUCAUACACAAUCGGAUACGAUAGGAUAGAUAGGCAGCGGAAGAAGACAUGUUAGGCUGCAAGGUGUGGAGUGCGGUAGCCUUCAUAAUAUGUUUCCAAAGUGCAAUUGAUGCAGCUGGAAUAUGUGGCAAUGCGACCAUUCGCAGGCAUUGGUCCGACUGUCGGAAGUUUGUUGAAUGUGGAGAAAGCAGUACAGUGAUCUUCGAGUGUCCAGAUCGCAGCUACUUCAACUCGGAAACAUUGGUGUGCGACUUCGCUAUGUACGCAGAAUGUGCCGUUGACCUGGAAGCUGAAGUGCAUUUUUUUGGACAGCAGAGAGUAUUGGAAUCAACGCCAGGAGUUUUGGUUACGAUCGAAACAUGUAACCAGAAUCCUUUGGGAGCAAAGUUGCCACAUCCAGAUUACUGCAAUAUGUUCUACCACUGUUCUCCUUCUGGCCCAAUUCUAUUUGAGUGCCCGGCCAACCUCCUGUUCUGUCCAACACGACUUGUUUGCAAUUGGCCGCAGUUUGUUGAAUGUGGUGAUAGCGGAAAUGGCGAAGAUGGCAAUUCGACUCAAUGUGCAGAAAAUUGCUUCCCAGACAAACGCUGCCCGCUGGAUUGUGAACCUGAUCUAAACACCACUGUGCUGCCACACCCAAGUAUGUGCGACGCGUUCCUUCGUUGCAUCGGUGGUUGCGCUUGUUUCGAAGAAUGCCCGAUCGGCCUGUACUGGAGUACGAACCUUGGACGAUGCGUAGAACGUUACCGAUCGGAGUGUACCGAGGUCGAGCGGCCCGAAUGCCCGGACCACGACUGCGUGGAUCAUCCACAGUGCCCACCGGAAGACGAUCCCAACAACCCCAUACGCCUUCCACACCCGGACAGAUGCGAUGCGUACCUGAAAUGCCAUCAAGGUCAAGCCUGCGUAGUGGAAUGCCCAGAGGGCCUUGAGUACAACUCCGAAACUGAAGUGUGUGACAUCGCGGGGGAUUGCACUGUUGGCACAACUGGCACAACCGGAGGAACUGAGGAUAUAACGACCGACGAUACUCCUGAUACAACUCCUGUAACAACUCCUAUAACUCCUGACACACCUGAUACGACUCCUAUCACUCCUGAUACGCCUCCUAUAACUCCUGACACACCUGAAACGACUCCUAUCACUCCUGAAACGUCUCCUAUAACUCCUGACACACCUGAAACGACUCCUAUCACUCCUGAUACGCCUCCUAUAACUCCUGACACACCUGAAACGACUCCUAUCACUCCUGAAACGUCUCCUAUAACUCCUGACACACCUGAUACGACUCCUAUCGAUCCUGAUACGUCUCCUAUAACUCCUGACACAACUCCUGUGACAACAGAGCCGCCUCUAUGCCCGAUAUGUCCUCCUGGUGUCUGCAAACCUGACGACAGAUGUCCGAUUGAUCCCUGUCAGGAGUGUAACCCCGUGCUAUUGCCGAAUCCCGACGAUUGCGGAAUGUUCUACAAAUGUACCCAUGGAUUUGCGUGCGAAAUGCACUGCCCUCCCGGACUGCACUGGAGCAGUGCAAUGAAUCGCUGUGAAUGGCCCAUAAAUGGUGACUGUGCUGCAGGUGAUACUGAUAAAACGACUGAUGUUACAACUCCUACUACUCCCAUAACGACUCCCAUUACAACGCCCAUAACAAGCCCUGUAACGACCCCUAUUACAAGUCCUACGACACCGAUAACGAGUCCUGCUACAUCGCCUAUAACAACACCUACGACACCCAUAACGACUCCUGUCAUUACUACUCCUAUAACAAGUCCUAUCACGACCCCUAUCACAACCCCUACGACACCAGUAACGAGUCCUACAUCGCCCAUAACAACCGCAGUUCCACCAAUAACAACAGAGCUACCUCCAUGUCCGAUAUGCCCGCCAGGUGUUUGUAAACCGGACACCAGGUGUCCGAUUGAUCCAUGCCAGGAGUGUAAUCCCGUGCUGCUGCCGCAUCCGGACGAUUGCGGAAUGUUCUACAAAUGUACCCACGGAUAUGCGUGCGAAAUGCAUUGCCCACCCGGACUGCACUGGAGCAGUGCGAUGAAUCGCUGUGAAUGGCCCGUAAGCGAAACCGGUGAAGCCAGCUCCACACCAAUCAACCACCCUCCGGACCGGCGCGUCCACACUCGGACUGAUGGUAUCAGUCCGACGGCCCAUCCAACACCAUCCUACUGGCGAGUCAAACGGCAUUCCAUCCACCGGCGGCGUGGAUCUUCCGAAGCAUGGGCUUCACUCCGACUCGGCCAACGGCAGUAUGCGCUGCAACUGGGAAAUCCGACCUGCCACUCGGCGCAGCCAGGUCACGUUGUCGUCCGGCAACAGGAGCCUCCCAACGACCAGCCACAAUUCAACCAACCAACGAGCCACCUAACCACCGGAUCAAUCACCAUUCAACUGGCAUCUAGUUCGACGGCCCAUCCAUCCAUUCCCACUGGUCGAAUCAUCUGGUUAUUCCUUCCACCGGCGCGUGGAACCUCCGAAGCUCAGUCCUUCCCUCCGAUUCGACCAACGGCAGUAUCCACUGGCACCUGGGAAAUCCGACCUGUCACUCGGCGCAGCCAGGUCACGUUGUCGUCCAGCAACAGGAGCCUCCCAACGACCAGCAUCAUCAACCAACCAAUUCCAAACGGACAACGCCAGCAAAGAAAUCCUACAAACAGUUUCAUCAGUAUUAACCGUCGAACCGGUUAUUGUUUUUGCUCCAAAAUGCUGAUUUUCUUACUUCCCAUUCUUGUGGCAUCGGCCGCAGCAGUUAAAGAUUCGCGAUGCAUACAGUACAGCGCGGGAGCACAGGCAAUGACCUUGCCUCACAGAACGGAUUGCACGAAGUUCUACAUCUGUGACGCGGAAGGAAAUGCUCUGGAGAUGCGAUGUCCAGCAAAGCUUUUCUACAGCACUGAAGAAGGAGUCUGCUCGUUCGAUUCAUCAGGUUGUACCGGAGAAGAGAACAAUGUUCACGAAGAACCCAAAGAAGAACUUCCUGUUGAUGAACAGCCCAUCAUCAUCGACAAUGGAUUCAAAAAUGAGCAAGACUUCCUGAAAAUGGCUUGUGUGGAUCAACCAUCAGGAUUGACCUUCCCAUUAGUAGAUGACUGCUUCUCGUACGUAGUAUGCUUACAAAACAAACCAAUCAUUCUGACAUGCCCGGAAGGUUUAGCCUAUGAUCAACGAAACAAAAAGUGUGAAUUUAAGGAAGUUGUCAAUUGCAAAUCCAAUGAAAUCCCGAUGCCUGUGAAACCAGUUGAUGUUCCAGAGGCUACAAACACCCAACAACUACCAGAAGUUGUACCGUUUGAAAGUCUGCCAAAUGCCCACCCAGUAUGGAACAUGCCGGACCUACCACUACCUCAACCAGCCCCUGAAUCACCGAUCAUUUCAAUUCCAAUGGAACCAGAACUUCCCGCUGAAUCCGUUGUGCCUAUGCCACAGCUUCCGGUUGUACCGCUUCCCGAAGAACCGAUCCCAUUCCCGCAAAAUCCUAUUCCAGAUCCAAUAGUACCACGAGAGCAGGAAUUCAUGCCGUACGGUCCGGUAACUUACUCGGAUUCGAGGUGCCCGCAACGGUUCGACCCCAACCAUCCGGUACUGCUUGCCCACUCCAGAGAUUGUACCAAAUACUACGUCUGUGUUGGACCCGAUGCAGUCGAGAAACAAUGCCCCUUGGGACAACACUGGAGUGUCCAGAACAGCUGGUGUGAUUUUCCUCAACGGGCCAGAUGCAUGGCAGCGUAAACAGCCGCAGCAGAUAAAUUUCGUAUAAUCUAGAGUUGAUGUAAUAUAAAUAAUCCAAGUGAAUAAAUAACUUGAACUCUAUUGAUAGCAAAAAC